AUGGACGAAUCAUCGAAUCAAAAUUGUGCCGAAUCGCUGGAAAACGCCUCGUUCCAGUCGUCUGACAGCUCCAAGAGCAAGAGACCCGCGGAACCUUCGCGACCCGCCGAUGAGAUAAAAAGAGGCUACGAUUCCCCAUCGAAUCGUCACAAGCCGCGGAUCAUAAUUGACUUGAUUCGCCUCCAUCACCGCUACAGAUGGACUCAUCAGAGCGAACCGCGGAAACCUCAUCCUCUCGAAGGAGGCUAUCCAGCAGUGAUCAACACGCAGCAAAGGAAAUAUGCUUCUGAAACAGAAGAAGUCAGACGGAAUCCGAUUCGAAAGGCUUUGAAGCCACAAAACGAGCCAGAGCCUUGCGAUCAGUCAACAAGUGGACAUCGUGAACUUAUGGACAAACUGAAGGCUCCAGAAGCCAAGAAUCAACUCAGUCCCAACACAAGUCACACACUAUCCGCGGUUGCACUGUCAUCGCCUCCAAUCAAAAGAUUCAAGCCGCAUCCAUCAACCGGUACAGCUCAAACACUACGUCGAGAACACUUCACCGGAAGUGACAUCGAAGUGAAAUGA